CGCUGCCGCCGCGGCCGAGACCGCGCAGCCCGCGGUAAGAAGAAGACAUAACUUAUAGACCAUCUUCUGGCAGAAGAUGAUAGAUUUGGAUCAGAAACAGGAGGCGUUGGAAGCCAGGAAUCAAAAGUGAAGAAAUUCUGCAAGCCCUUGGGUGAGAAAGGUUCCUAUCAUUGUAAUCAUGCCAGAAAUGACAGAGAAUGAGACUCCUACAAAAAAGCAGCACAGAAAGAAAAACCGGGAGACACACAAUGCAGUGGAGAGGCAUAGAAAGAAGAAAAUCAAUGCCGGAAUAAAUAGGAUAGGAGAGCUGAUCCCGUGUUCCCCUGCCCUGAAACAGAGCAAGAAUAUGAUCCUGGACCAAGCCUUUAAAUAUAUAACAGAAUUGAAAAGGCAAAAUGAUGAACUCCUGCUUAAUGGAGGAAACAAUGAACAAGCUGAAGAAAUUAAAAAGCUACGUAAACAACUGGAAGAAAUUCAAAAAGAAAAUGGCCGAUAUAUCGAAUUACUGAAAGCAAAUGACAUAUGCCUAUAUGAUGACCCCACAAUCCACUGGAAAGGAAAUCUUAAAAACUCAAAGGUCUCUGUUGUUAUUCCCAGCGAUCAGGUUCAAAAAAAUAUCAUUGUUUAUUCUAAUGGGAGUCAGCCUGGUGGAAAUAGCCAGGGAACAGCUGUUCAGGGGAUAACCUUUAAUGUUGGUCAUAAUUUACAAAAGCAGACCGCCAACGUGGCACCGGUACAGAGGGCUUGCAAUCUGGUGACUCCUGUGUCUAUUUCUGGAGUUUACCCUCCUGAAAACAAGCCAUGGCAUCAAACCACAGUUUCUGCAUUGGCCAGCCAGCCUGUUCCUCUUUGUCUUCCUGCUACCAUUUCUGCUCAAAACAUUCUCGAGCUUUCCACCUCUGAAAGUGAAUCGAGUGUGCUUGGUGCCACCAGUGGCUCACUGAUCGCUGUUCCCAUUGGGCCUGAAGCCCACCAACAUCGUCCCUUGCACACAUGUCUGAAUGAUCAGAAUUCUCCUGAAAAUAGGAAUGGGCAAGAGAGCCCCAAAUUAGUGAGGAAAACAGUCCCUUGUGCCACAAGCAUCCCCACCGCUUCCUUGGCAACUGCUGCGAAAGUACACCAUGGAAGUAAGUCCUGCCUGAGCAUACAGGAUUUCAGAAAUGAUUUUCAAACCACCUUCGUUGUUUCAGUUACCACCACAGUCUGCUCCCAGCCCCCCAGGUCUGCAGGUGAUUCCUGUCCAGUGAGCAUUAGCAAGGGCGCAGACUCUGCAGCUGUUACUGCAGUGGUGGCCCCCUCUGCCCCCGGAGGAGGGAAGACCGCCGCUCCCGUAAGCACUCUCUCUGCAAGCCCUUUGGAUAGUAGUUGGACACUUUCUUGUUCUUUGCCUUCUUCAAGUGUUAGCGCUUCAGAUUUAAAAAACAUGAAUAGCCUUACCCGAAUCUCCUCCGCUGGAAACACACAGACAACAUGGACUACUCUGCAACUGGCGGGAAACACUAUUCAACCCUUGAGCCAGACACCGUCUUCUGCUGUGACUCCAGUAGUAAAUGAGUCUGGUCCCAGCCCUACCACAGCCAACCAUGGGAGACCCGUCGCUACAGGUGUUAACUUGAGUAAUUCCUUUCCAGCAGAUGGGCAGGCAGUUGAGCAAGUGGUUGUAACCUUGCCUUCUUGCCCGUCUUUACCUAUGCAGCCGCUGAUUGCCCAACCACAAGUUAAAUCUCAGCCUCCAAAAAAUAUCCUUCCUUUGAAUUCAGCAAUGCAGGUUAUUCAGAUGGCUCAGCCCGUUGGGUCGGCUGUUAACACAGCUCCAGGUAAUCAAAACGUUAUCAUUCUCCAGCCCCCCAGCACGACCCCUUGCCCAGCGGUGAUGAGAGCAGAGGUUCCCAACCAAACUGUGGGUCAACAGAUAGUGAUCAUACAGGCAACUAGUCAGAACCCCUUGCCGCUCCUCUCUGCUCCACCUCCUGGUUCUGUUCGACUCCCUGUCAAUGGAGCCAGUGCUCUAAUAGGGUCUAAUAAUUCAGUGCAGACUGUUUCAACCCCACAGACUUUUGGAGGAAAGCAUCUUGUCCAUAUUUUACCAAGACCUUCAUCUUUAGCAACAUCUAGUUCAACACAAACUUUUUCUGUUACCAUGUCAAACCAACAGCAGCCUCAAACCAUUUCUUUAAAUGGACAGCUCUUUGCUUUGCAGCCUGUGAUGUCCUCAUCAGGAACUACAAAUCAAACCCCUAUGCAAAUUAUCCAACCCACCACCAGCGAAGAUCCAAAUACCAACGUUGCCCUGAAUACGUUUGGAGCUUUGGCCAGCCUCAAUCAAAGCAUAUCGCAGAUGGCUGGGCAAAGCUGUGUACAGUUGUCUAUUAGCCAGCCUGCCAAUCCUCCGACUGCUGCAAAUAGUCAGACCACCCCAGUUAACAAUGUUUCAUUAACAACAACUGUGGCAUCUCCUGUGACAACUGAUAAUUCGGCCACACUACCCAGUGCUUACAGUCUAGGAACUACUCCCUCCGUGAACGCCGUAGCUUGUUUACCUAAUGUGAAGUCGAAAAGGUUGAAUAAGAAGCCAGGUGCCAAGAAACACUUAGCAGCUAACAAGUCGGCGUGCCCCCUGAAUGCAGUCAGAGACGUGGGCAAGUUUGACUGCGCCAGCGCUGACGCCACAGCGGAACCAUCAUGUAAUAAUGACGGACUGCUGGAAAGCCUCCCUGUUGGGUUACCGUCUGUCGCCGGGUCCCAGGCAAACAGUGUAAGUGUUUCUGGUGCACAUUCUGUGGACGUUCUGAAUUCUGAGUCAGUGGUAUCUGAAUCUCUACCCGAAUCUAAGUCAGCAGAAGAGACUAGCUCUCCCUCCCAAGAAUCUGUACCGAGUGAACAUUUUGUCAUGGCCCCAGCACAAUCCAAAGAUUCUGCCCCCAUCUUGCAACGCGAGGCCCCUCAGGAUAAGCCAGCAACUAGUUUGGCGCUGUCAGAUGCUGCCAAAUCCUGCGCUUCAGCUCACGCGUCGAUUCCGCCUCCGAAUGAUCCCCACGUUUUGGUUUCUCAGGUUUCGGGUCUGUCGUCUACCGCCAGCACUGCCGGUACGGACUGUGUCUCUGAGGUAGAGGUCAUUGAGGAACCUUGCGGGGUAGAGCAAGAUUCACCUGAUACGUUGCAAGCCACAGGUCUCUUAAAGGGGCCGGGUUUGACUGCACUGCUUUCUGGUCUCGAGAAAGAGAAGGACCCUCAGAAACUCUCUCUUUCAGUCCAAGUGGACCAUCCUGACUUUUCUUCAGAAAACUCUAAAUUGGUUGAUGCAGGUGUCGAUUUACAUCCCAAACAGGAGCUCUUACUGAUGAGCAGUGACGAUAGAGACCCGGGGCCGCCUCACUCGUGCGUCCCUGAUCCGGAGGUCAUCAGUGGCUCCUUGCUGGUCAGCAGACAGGCGGACUCUCCCAUGUCAACCAGCUCUGGUAGCAGCCGUAGUUUCUCAGUGGCGUCCAUGCUUCCUGAAACGACUAGAGAGGAUGUCAGCAGCAGUACAACGACCAACACGUGUGACAGCUGUACCUUUGUAGAGCAAACUGACAUCGUCGCUCUUGCGGCAAGAGCUAUUUUUGACCAGGACAGCCUUGAGAAGGGAAGAGCUGGCAGCCAGGCUGACAUGAGGGACGUCACUUCGAAGCCUGCCGAAGCAUCGCCUCUAGAGGGGGACCAGCCUUUCAAAACACAGGUAUCUAAAGAGGGUGGCGCAGGACAGGCAGAAGCAACACCAAAUGAAUUUACUUCUCAGGAUUCGAUUGAAGCCACAGUGGAUCGGCCCCUUGGGAAACCAAGUUGUUCUGUGGGAAUGAAAACAUCCAGUGCCUCUUUACAGGUUUCAACCUCUCAGUCACCAAGCAUCACCAGUUUGAGCGUGAAUAAUCUUAUCCACCAGAGCAGCAUCAGCCAUCCUCUGGUCAGCUGUGCUGGUUUGCCCCAAACUUCAGAGCAAACAACUGUUCCUGCAACGGUUAAUCUCACGGUGGCAUCUAGCUCCUACACCGGUCAGCCUCCCGGACCAGCUCUGAUGACCGAAUAUACCCAGGAACAGCUCAGCACCAUAACUGGCACCAUAGCAAAUCCACAGAUCCAAGAGCCCCUCUUAAAGCCAAGCCAGGAAAGCCGCAAAGACUCUGCUAAGCGUGCUGUCCAAGAUGACCUUGUAUUGUCUUCGGCUAAACGUCAGAAGCAUUGCCAGCCAGCCCCGCUGAGGCUUGAGGCAAUGUCCCUGAUGAGCCGAACUCCAGACAGCAUUUCUGAUCAGGCUCAGAUGAUGGUCAGUCAGCUCCCUCCCAACUCUGCGAACUCUGUGGUGCCCAUCAGCAACCCAGCACAUGGGGACGGCCUCACCCGACUGUUCCCACCUAGUAACAAUUUUGUGGCCCCCGCAUUGAGACAAACGGAAGUGCAGUGCAGCUCUCAGAAUUCGGUUGCUGAGCAGCAGCAGACCCAGGCCAGUCAACAUCUCCAGGCCCUGCAGCAGCAUGUUCCGGCCCAGGGGGUGUCCCACCUGCACAGUAACCACCUCUACCUAAAGCAGCAGCAGCAGCAGCAGCAGCAGCAAGCAGCGCGAGAGAGGCAUCACCUGUAUCAGCUGCAGCAUCACAUACCUCACGCAGAGAGCUCUGUCCACUCUCAGCCCCAUAACGUCCACCAACAGAGGACUCUACAACAGGAAGUUCAGAUGCAGAAAAAGCGGAAUCUUGUUCAGGGCACUCAGGCCUCUCAGCUUGCCUUGCAACCAAAGCACCCUGGAACUGAUCAGCCUCGGCCCAAGAGCGGUCAGCCACACCCCCACCAUCAGCAGAUGCAGCAACAGAUGCAGCAGCACUUCGGAAGUUCGCAGCCGGAGAAGAGUUGUGAAAACCCUUCGGCCAGCCGGAACCACCAUAACCAUCCCCAGAACCAUCUCAGUCAAGAUCUUCUGCACCAGCAGCCGGAUGUUGGGAGCAGGCAGCAAGGUUCAGGGGUUUCUUCGGAACACGUAUCUGGGCAUAACCCAAUGCAGAGGCUUCUGACAUCAAGAGGCAUGGAGCAGCAAAUGGUUUCCCAGCCAAGUAUUGUGACGAGACCUUCAGACAUGACCUGUGCUCCACACAGGCCAGAGAGAAAUAGGGUUUCAAGUUAUUCUGCUGAGGCACUCAUUGGAAAGACGUCUUCUAAUUCCGAGCAGAGAAUGGGCAUAUCAAUUCAGGGUUCCAGAGUUUCAGAUCAGCUUGAAAUGAGAAGCUAUCUUGAUGUUCCCAGGAAUAAGAGCUUGGCCCUUCACAAUAUGCAGGGUCGCGUGGACCAUCCCAUUGCCCCGGAGAUCCGCCUUUCUGACUGUCAGACGUUUAAACCAAGUGGAGCUAGUCAACAGCCCCCGAGUAAUUUUGAAGUACAGUCCUCAAGAAAUAAUGAAAUAGGUAACCCUGUAUCAUCCCUGAGGACUAUGCAGUCCCAGGCUUUUCGAAUCAGUCAAAACCCUGGUCCACCACCAAUCGACCGCCAAAAGAGAUUACCUUAUCCACCGGUUCAGAGUAUCCCAGCAGGAAAUGCCAUCCCACCAAGGGACAGUGAAAACACAUGCCACCAGAGUUUCAUGCAGAGUUUACUUGCCCCUCACCUUGGUGAUCAGGUCCUUGGAACACAGAGACCACUCUCGGAACAUCAGAGGAACACACAGUGUGGUCCAUCCUCUGCCAUUGAAUAUAAUUGUCCCCCAGCUCAUGAAAGUGUACAUAUUAGAAGAGAGAGCGAGAGUCAGAACAGGGAAAGCUGUGACAUGUCCCUAGGUGCAAUUAACACCAGGAACAGCACCUUGAAUAUUCCUUUCUCCAGUUCUUCUUCUUCAGGAGAUAUUCAAGGUCGAAACACAAGUCCCAAUGUUUCUGUGCAGAAGUCCAAUCCCAUGAGGAUAACUGACAGUCAUGGGACCAAGGGCCACAUGAACCCUCCAGUCACAACCAACAUGCAUGGGGUUGCAAGGCCAGCUCUGCCCCAUCCGUCUGUGUCUCACGGAAAUGCUGAGCAAGGGCCUCCUGUACGUCCAACUAACUCUUCAGUUCCCCAGCGAUCAAGGCAUCUCUUGCAAGACAGCAGUGGUUCCAAAAUCCGUCAGCCUGAAAGGAAUCGUUCUGGAAACCAAAGACACAGUAAUGUCUUUGAUCCGAGUCUUCCCCAUCUUCCUCUGUCUACUAGUGGCAGUAUGAUUCUUGGACGCCAGCAGCCCACUACAGAGAAGAGAGGAAGUAUUGUUCGUUUCAUGCCCGAUAGCCCACAAAUACCUAACGAUAAUUCGGCACCUGACCAGCAUACACUAUCACAAAAUUUCGGUUUUCCUUUUAUUCCUGAGGGUGGCAUGAAUCCACCAAUAAAUGCUAAUACUUCUUUCAUUCCACAGGUAACUCAGCCUAGUGCCACUCGAACGCCAGCUCUCAUCCCUGUAGAUCCCCAGAAUACUCUACCCUCUUUCUAUCCCCCGUACUCUCCUGCUCAUCCUACACUGUCCAAUGAUAUUUCGAUCCCGUAUUUUUCCAAUCAGAUGUUCUCAAAUCCUAGCACUGAGAAAGUCAACAGUGGAAGCCUAAAUAACCGAUUUGGAUCAAUUCUGUCUCCUCCCAGGCCUGUUGGUUUUGGUCAACCAAGUUUUCCUCUGCUCCCUGAUAUGCCGCCAAUGCACAUGACCAACUCUCACUUGUCCAACUUUAACAUGACAUCUUUGUUUCCAGAAAUAGCUACAGCUCUUCCGGAUGGCUCGGCAAUGUCACCUUUGCUUACCAUAGCAAACUCCUCUGCCUCCGACUCUUCCAAGCAGUCCUCAAACAGACCUGCCCACAACAUAAGCCAUAUUUUAGGUCAUGACUGCAGUUCAGCUGUCUGAAUUUUGAUAGACUAAAUGUCCAUAUAUCGGCUGAGACUACAGAUAUGUUUGUGUGCGUGUGCACACGUAAUGCACAUGGAGAGGGAGAUCGUGUGUGUGUGUAUCUGUGUUUGUAUGAUCAAUUUCCAGUUACCUUCUGAAUGUAGGGAAGUCACGUCAGAAAUGAUGCGAAUCAUGGGUUGUCAAAAACAAAUUAUCUUUUCAUUUUUAACUGCACGGUGUGCUUUUUAAAUUUUCUGAACGGAGUUAGAUUUUCAAGUUUGAUUUGGAAUCUUAUAUUCCCUAAAUACUAAUCAGCUGUAAGUUGGAGGAGAUCCUUUUGGCAUGUGCUGAGUAGUAGGAAAGAACCCAGAUUUUAAACUUGAUUGUUGAUCAUUUGUAAAAUAGGUACUUGAGAUAGUUGAAUUGCUCUCCAAAAAUCCAGACACUUUGAUGCAAUGCAAUGGCACAUCACCAAAUGCUUGGCCGAUAUCCACAUCUAGAACAGUUUCUUACUCAUGGCAGGUGUUGAAUUAAUAUGGAAUGAAUGCCCAUGGUUAAAGUCAAGCAGUUAGCAGGUAAAUGAAUUGUUUAAUCAGCCUUUACUCCCAAGGUCUGGUUUAGGUAGAGGCUUCCUUCUUAAUUAUAACAAUCCAUCAGUUAUCUGAAUUUAAUGUCUUUUCUUCACAUUAGAGAGCCAUUUUAUCUUUUAAUGUGCCAAGACCCUAGAACACAAAGGUCUUCCUUACUUAGCCUUAAAAAUAGCAAUCUAAAAAGCAAAGUACAUAGACAUUCUCCAUUUUGCGCUUGCAUUUUACAUCAGGUCAUAAGGGUAAAGCAGUUGUAUUGUGGAGUUUCGCUUGUGUUCAGUUAAAGAUUGUUGUUUCAUCAAUUAAAUUUUGUUUCAGUAUUCUCUCUUCAUUCUGUUCAUUUGAUCCUGAAAUAAUUUCUUUUAUAUUUGUUUAAUCAUUAGGGACUGCUCAGUAAAUAGUGUUUGGAAUCUACACGAU